UGUAAACAAAACAGUUGUAAAGAAUAGAUUUGAGGAGAUUUUGAGAAUUUUAUUAUUUCAUUCUUGACAGUAAUACAAAAAGAAAGAAGGUUGGUUUCAGUGUCAAUGAAACUCAAUUGAAAUUUUUAUACUGUGUGAUACGUUUCUGUCACGAUGGUGACAAGUCCGCGUCACGCACGUGGUCGCGAGUUUUGAGGUUAGGUUGACGUUUAACCGACAGUCGCGACAGAGUUUUAAGGAAAUCGCGCGAAUGAAAUAAAAAGCCGAGAAAAACUUUUCUUUUCUGUCGGGAUGGAAGUUGACGUGGGCGACGUGGUGAUGCCGGGCGACAGUUUAACGAAUAUCACGUCAUUAAAGAAGGAAAACAAAAACGAGAAGGAGAUCGUGAUCCUGGGCCCUGGAGUGCGUCGUGAGGACGAUGCCGUUCUCAUCUGCAAAGCGGGUGUUCUGAGAAAACGCGAGCCGGCCGUCUACUAUGUGGACAGCUAUCAGAAACGAUACAUUCCUAGUCGAGGUGAGAACGUCAUUGGUAUAGUGACGCAAAAAAGCGGUGACAUUUAUAAAGUGGAUAUCGGAGGCAGCGAACAGGCGACAUUAUCUUAUUUGGCCUUUGAGGGAGCCACGAAGAAAAAUCGACCUGAUAUACAAAUUGGCGAUUUGGUGUAUGCCAAAUUGCUUGUCGCCAGCAAGGAUAUGGAGCCGGAAUUAGUAUGCGUGGACUCCCAUGGCAAGGAGAAUGAACUCGGUAUGCUCAGCUCAGAUGGCAUGAUGUUCACCUGCUCGCUGAGCCUUGUAAGGAAAUUACUCAAUCCAGAGUGUCCAUUAUUCAGGCUACUUGGAAGGAAUCAGGUGUACGAACUUGCCGCUGGGAUGAAUGGCAGGAUAUGGAUCAAGGCGCGAUCGGUUCAAGAGACAAUUGCCGUGGCAAACGCUAUUCUAGCGGCGGAGUUCACGGUACCUAGUGAAAUGCAAAAACUCUGUUCCAGAAUUGAGAAAAUAUUAUUUCUUGUGGCUUAGUGAACUUUGAGGAAAAUUUAUUUGGAUGGAUUAUUAAUGCAAAAGAUUAGCAUCAAAGAUUCAGUGCUUUUUUUUUUUUUUUUUCAAAUAAAACUGAGAAAUUAGAAUAAUGCCUUAAAUCAACUCGAAUGCGUUUUAAAGCCAGUCGCACCUUGGCAUGCAAAAUAAUGACUACUUGCUGUUAUCAAUGACAGUUAUAU